CACUUUGAGCAACUUAAACGUUCGAUCAUGCACGACAGAGAAACGAUCUGCUUGUUAAAUAACAAGGCGAAUAUAAGCAGCUGCAGCCACCUGGUCGUGGAUAUGCCUUCAGGGGUGAGCAGCAUACCUGGCUCCAGGAGAGGGAACGGCUUCUGUGGGUCGUACGGCACAGGAGCGGGCCAAGCAGUUCGUCACAGCAGCCCUGGGGUGGAGCGCAUCUCAUUAACAUGGGAGAACAUCAGCGUCAGCGUCAAGACGGACAAGAGGAAGUUCUUUCGUCAAGUACAAGAAACUGGAAACCAUAAACAGAUUUUAAGGAAUGUGACCGGAGUCGCGAGACCAGGAACACUGCUGGCGAUCAUCGGCUCAAGCGGUGCUGGCAAGUCGACCCUGAUGAAUGUCCUGACGUGUCGUAACACCGCGCAGUACGUCACAGAGGGCGCCGUGAAGGUCAAUGGCGUGGACGUUGGGCGGGGCAUCAACGACAUCUCCGCCUACGUCCAGCAGGAUGAACUUUUCAUUGGCACUCUAACAGUCAGAGAACAUCUCAUAUUUAGGGCCAUGCUGCGGAUGGACCAAACGCUGUCAAAGUCUGCUCGUCUUCUGAGGGUCGAGGAAGUCAUCUUAGAGAUGGGCCUGAGCAAGUGCGCGGAGACGCAGGUCGGGACGCCGGGCCGGACCAAGGGCAUCUCUGGUGGUGAGAUGAAGCGACUGUCCUUCGCUUCAGAGGUUCUGACCAACCCUCCCCUGAUGUUCUGUGAUGAACCGACGUCCAGCCUGGACUCCUUCAUGGCCCAGAGCAUUGUCCAGACCCUCCAGAACAUGGCGUCCAAGGGGAGGACCAUCCUGUGUACCAUCCAUCAGCCGUCCUCAGAGGUCUUCGCCAUGUUUGAUCAGUUAUUACUUUUGUCUGAAGGACGGGUGGCAUUCAUGGGUUCUUCUUCCGAUGCAUUAAGCUUCUUUGAAAGCCAGGGUUAUUCCUGUCCCCGGAACUUCAACCCAGCAGAUUUCUACGUCCACGCGCUGGCGGUGCGGGCUGAGGGUGAGGGGCAACGCCGGGACAAAGUGGAGAAGCUGUGCAAUGCAUUCUAUCAAAGCGACACAUAUCACCAGCUUACGGACACCAUUACCGACAUAUGUAAAGAUGCACUUCAGAACAAGGUGCUAUCAAUAAUCGUUGAAGAUGGAAACAAACGGGACAGGUACAGGGCCUCUUGGAUCAGACAGUUGACCAUUCUACUAUGGAGAAGUUGGACCUGUGUGUACAGAGAUGUGGCGUUGUUCCGUACCCGUGUCAUACAGACUGUGGUCGUGGGAUUGCUGUUGGGGCUUGUGUACCUCGGUCAGGGAAACGACCAAAAGAGUGUGAUGAACAUCAACGGCGUCCUCUUUCUCUUCAUCAUGACACACUCCGUCACAUGCAUGUUCGGUGUCAUGGCUUCGUUCACGGCCGAGGCGUCGGUGUUCCUGAGGGAGUAUGGGGGCGGGAUGUACCGCACUGAUGUGUACUUCCUGUCCAAAACCCUAGCCGAGAUACCAAUCCUCUGCGCCCUACCAGUGAUCUCUGUCGCCAUCUUUUAUUGGUUGGUCGGAUUAUAUAACGACGGAAUGGCGUUUCUGGUAUGCGCCGGGGCAGCCAUACUUUUUUCCAAUGUGGCGCUAUCCUUUGGGUAUAUGCUGUCCACAGUGUCGCCGUCGGUGGAGAUAGCUUUAGCACUGGCGCCCCCGUCCCUGCUGCCAAUGGUGUUGUUCGGCGGGAUGUUUCUCAAUAACGCCUCGACUCCUGUGUACUUCCUGUGGCUGAAGUACCUGUCCUGGUACCAAUAUGCAUUUGAAAUCAUGGCCGUCAACCAGUGGAUGAAUAUAAAGUACCUGGAAUGUCCGGCUACUAACAGCACGUCAGGAAACACAACAGAAACAGAGACACGCUGUUUCCGAGACGGGAAGGAUGUUUUAGACUAUCUCAGCUUCAGUGAGGACAACGUCCUCCUUGACGUGGUGCUCCUCGUCACCCUCCUCGUGUCCUACAGACUAGUGUCGUUCUUCAUCCUCCUACUCAGGGCCAGGAGGUCUAGGUCGUAGCGCAACACAAAGCCAGAUCCAGACGCUCGGCGCCAGAUUAAAGGAAAUAAUGCAGGGUCCCGAAGCUCGCCUGAUACAAAUUGUAAACUGCGGAAGGAAGAUGUAUCUGUGUACAAACACAAACUCUUCAAGUAUAUUUCAGCUUAUGGUUCAUAUGUGUUACAUAAACAAAAACAUAU